AUGGAAUGGAAGUUGAAGUUUCCGAAUGCAGUGGUGCACAGGCUCACAGAGUCAGGCUCGGAUCAUGCUCCACUUUUGAUGGAAACCGAACCUCAAUCCUGGCAUAGUAAAAGGCGGUUUAAAUACCAGGAACGUUGGUAUGGAGAAAAGGAUGUCAAGAGAAUUGUCAGUGAAGUGUGGAGAAUGGAAGUUGUAGGCUCAGCUAUGUUCUCCUUGGCCCAAAAGUUGAAAGUUUGUAGACAUAGACUAGUUCAAUGGCAGAAAACUCACAAAGCAAACUCUCAAAAAGAAAUUAAGGACCUUCAAGCUAAACUAGAGGAGUUGCGGGUGGCUGGAAUCAAUAGGGGAGAGGAGGUUACCAGUUUGGAGAAGAAGUUGGAGCUGGCAUAUUUGAAAGAAGAGAGCUAUUGGCGAGAAAAAUCUAGAGUCAAGUGGCUAAAAGAAGGAGAUCAGAACACUAGAUUCUUUCACCAGAAAUUUCAAUCAAGGAAGCGAAGGAACAAAAUUUGGAGAUUAGUGAGGAGGGACAAUGAGAUUGCAUCAAAACCGGAGGAUAUUGCAAAGAUAGCUGAAGACUACUUUUGCGAUAUUUUUACUUCUUCUUGUUCGGUUGAUCCGAAUCCAUACUUAGAGGAUUUGGAGCCAAAAGUUACAGCUUCCAUGAACCGUAGGCUCCAAAGGCCAGUAACUAUGGACGAGGUCAAAAAAGCUACAUUUAGUGUUCAUGCUCAGAGUGCUCCUGGUGAUGACGGGUUUACAGCUAAGUUUUUUCACUUUUUUUGGGAUAUAGUUGGAGGUGACGUUUUUAAGGCAGUAAGAAGUUUCUUUCACAGUGGCAGAAUUCUAAAAAGCUUCAAUCAUACUCAAAUUUGUUUGAUUCCAAAGGUGCCAGAUGCCAAUGACAUGACUCAGCUGGGCUUUGAUGCUAAAUGGAUUAACUGGACUAAGGAAUUGGUAACGACUGUUUCUUACUCUGUCGUUGUGGAAGAAGGGCUUUCCUUCUUGCUACACAAGGCAGAGCAAAACAGAUUAAUUCAAGGAGUUCAAGUUAAUCGGAGAUGUCAAACAGUUAAUCACCUUUUGUUUGCUGAUGAUUCAAUCCUUUUUUGCAAGAGCGAACCUAAUACAAGCCAAAGUAUUCUAGAAUUGCUAGAGAUCUAUGAGGAUUUCAGUGGGCAAAAAGUCAAUCUGAAUAAGUCAGCUAUCUUUUUCAGUCACAACACACCUCAGAACACAAGACUACCAAUUGCUCAGACACUAAAUAUUGAACAUAUCGGAGCACAAGACAAAUACCUGGGACUGCCCUCUAUAGUUCAAAAAUCAAAGAAAGCAACAUUUGGAGCUAUCAAGGAUAAAGUUCAGAAGAGGAUUAUGGGUUGGAAAAGAAGUCUAUUGUCAUCAGGUGGUAGGCACACGCUAUUGAGAGCGGUGGGGGAGGCGAUUCCUAUUUAUACACUCUCUUGUUUCAAGCUCCCGGACACGCUGUUGACUGAGAUUCAUAGCAUGCUCUCGCAAUUUUGGUGGGACAAAAAGGCGCAGAACGAAAAAUGA